ACCACCGUGAGACUCAGAGACACUUUCAGCGACAGCGUCCUGUAGAUAUGAAGUGUAACCAUCUCCUGUCCUGGGCCUUCCUGCUCGUGGCCUCUGGCCCACUGCUGGCCCACCCCAUCACAGAAUCUGCGGAGAUGCCCUAUCCAGGACCUGCAUCAGUGGAGGACCGAGGAGUCGGCGCUCUGGAUGAUCUGUCCCUCUCUGAGCAAAGCUUCCCUCCUCAGGACGGUGCUGGUCUCAGAUAUUCCUCUCUGAUAUCUGGGGAGUUUAACAGAGAUGGCGUCAGAACAAGCCUGCUUCCUCGAGGGAUGAAAAGAGAGGUCCUAUUGGAGAAACAAAGUCUCCUAAAUCCUUUCAGCCACGUGCUGGGCAUCCGGAAACAGUUCAGAAAGAGAGCAGGGAAUUCUGAAUGUUUCUGGAAAUACUGCGUCUAAAAAAACAUGUCAACAGGCAUCAAUGCCACACACAAGAGACAGGGCUUGCACUAAAACCAAAACCCCUAUCUUGCACUCACAUGCAGACAAAAUAACAAACAUCAUGCAUGCAUACACUGUGCAUAUGCAUGCCCAGGUGCAUGAACUCACACAUACACACUCACAUACAUAAGCGCUGUCUGUAUUUGUUCACACAAAGAACAAUGCCAUUGGUGUGAUUGAGACAAGUUGCUUGGGGGCUUUAAGAUGAUUUAUUGAGACUAUGUUUAUGGUAUGUGAAACUACAUUUGUUAAAAGUCCCUGGUUGUCUGAUGUACGACCAAAAGUCUUUUAAAUGAAUGUCAAAGGUUAUGCAGCCCUGUAUGUUGAAUAGAAAUAAAACUAUAUUAUAAAUACUCU